GUGCCGCUGCGACAGGAGAGGACCAGGCGAGCAACUCGCGGCGGCUGAACUGAGCAUGCGCCGGCGGAGCCCGCUGACUACAGAGCCUCAGUCAAGAUAUUUUUGAUGGCACGACAAAUCAGCAGGAAGACACAAAGAGGUACUAUGUAACUAGACACCAGAUCAACUCUGCUUAUGGAAUACAUUUUCAGUAAGAUGUAUGGAUCUAUUUUUCCCUUGUUCAUAUAUAUAGAUCAUGAGACUUGACUGAGGCAAUAUUCAUAGCAUCCAUCCAUCUAUGGCGAACUACAGCCAUGCAGCUGACAACAUUUUACAAAAUCUAUCCCCUUUAACAGCAUUUUUGAAACUGACUUCGCUGGGUUUCAUCAUAGGAGUCAGUGUGGUGGGUAACCUCCUGAUCUCCAUUUUGCUAGUCAAAGAUAAGACCUUGCAUAGAGCGCCCUACUACUUCCUGUUGGAUCUUUGCUGCUCAGACAUCCUCCGAUCUGCCAUUUGUUUCCCAUUUGUUUUCACGUCGGUGAAAAACGGCUCUUCUUGGACGUAUGGGACUCUCACUUGUAAAGUGAUUGCCUUCUUGGGGGUCCUAUCCUGUUUCCACACCGCUUUCAUGCUGUUCUGCAUAAGCGUCACCAGAUACUUAGCGAUUGCCCACCACCGCUUUUAUACAAAAAGGCUGACCUUUUGGACUUGCUUGGCAGUUAUUUGUAUGGUGUGGACCCUAUCUGUAGCGAUGGCUUUCCCUCCCGUUUUGGAUGUGGGCACCUACUCGUUCAUUCGGGAGGAAGACCAAUGCACCUUUCAGCAUCGUUCCUUCAGAGCCAAUGAUUCUCUGGGAUUUAUGCUGCUUCUUGCUCUUAUCCUUCUAGCCACACAGCUUGUCUACCUCAAGCUGAUCUUUUUUGUUCAUGAUCGCCGGAAAAUGAAGCCAGUUCAGUUUGUGGCAGCGGUGAGCCAGAACUGGACGUUUCAUGGUCCUGGAGCCAGUGGUCAAGCAGCUGCUAACUGGCUGGCUGGAUUUGGAAGGGGUCCCACGCCACCUACCUUGCUGGGGAUCAGGCAAAAUGCCAACACCACAGGCAGGAGAAGGCUACUUGUCUUGGAUGAGUUCAAAAUGGAAAAGCGCAUUAGUAGAAUGUUCUAUAUCAUGACAUUCCUCUUUCUAACCUUGUGGGGUCCCUACUUGGUAGCCUGUUACUGGAGAGUUUUUGCAAGAGGGCCUGUGGUUCCAGGGGGAUUUCUAACGGCUGCUGUUUGGAUGAGUUUUGCCCAAGCUGGAAUCAAUCCUUUUGUCUGCAUUUUCUCCAACAGGGAGCUGAGGCGCUGUUUCAGCACAACCCUUCUUUACUGCAGAAAAUCCAGGUUACCAAGGGAACCUUACUGUGUUAUAUGAGGGAGCAUCUGCAAAUCUUUAGCCUUGUGAAAACACUACCCUUCUCUGCUAAGCAAUGGUGGCCUGUUGCCAUAUCUUGAGAAGAAGAAAAAAACUCAAGAAUGGGAUGACAGCAGUUGUAAGGAUUUGGGCAACAACGUUCUGCAGUCUUUUGCAAUAGCUCAUCUCUUAAUCCUAUCUUAAAACCUAAACUUGUUCCUGCUGACCACUCAUGAAGGUUUGUAAUUAAAAGAAUACAGGACUGAACCACUGCCCUAAAAAUGCUUUUUGAUGUGGUUGAUACCUAGGGAAUGAUUCAGAGAGUAGCAGGUGCUAAAUAUAUCAGCACUAAAUGCUGUAUAUAUCACUACGUAAAAGUAAGACCAUCAUAAAAAGAUUAGCAUUGGACAUCUGAAUCAGUUAAGUUUGACAUGAGGUUAAUGUGUUGAUGAAACUUAUUUUAGACACUGGAUGACCUUUAAAUCAUUUCAUACUAUUAUUGUUUUGCAAAGACUAACAUUUGGGGACUGUGUUCAGGUCCUGUAACUGAUGGGAGAUGUGCCAUGUAAGACUGGAUUAUCACCCCCACUCUGUUUGCCUUGUGAGUUCUGGGGAGCAUUCCAAAGCAGUGUUUUCUUCUUUGUUGUUCCAAUAAGACUUUAUUUUUCU